UUAUAUGGUCGGCUCUCUUAUUCUCCUUACCUUCCACCCCCAAUGUCAUUAUGUCGGAUCUGCUACAAGACCGUCGACAUUAAAUACGGUCAGUAUUCUUGUAAAGACGAGGAUUGCUCUUACGUAGUCCAUACGAAAUGUGCAACACAUGUGAUGACAUUUGACGGGAAAGAACUCGAAUGGGAACCGGAAGAAACUGGUGAAAUUGAAGAUAUUUCACCAUUCAAGAAGGUAGGUGAUGGUUUGAUAGAACAUUUUAGUCAUGGACAUUAUCUAAAGCUCGAGAAGUAUGAUAGUGUACGAGACGCAAGGAAGCAGUGUGAGGCGUGUGUCCUUCCUAUCCACUUGCAUGAUUUCUACAACUGUAUGCAAUGUGACUUUUUUCUCCACGUAGUGUGUGCUUCUCUACCUAAGAAAGUGGAUCAUGCAUUGCAUAAUCAUUCUAUCAUCCUCGACCCGUCUCCUCUACCCAAUGAUGGUGAACUGCAGUGCUCAGCUAGUUCUCGACUGUCCACUGGUUUCAAGUAUAAGUGCGAUAAAAAGGAUUGCCAAAUUAACUGGUUUAAGAUAGAUGUUUGCUGCUUUUUGAUUCCUGAGUAUAGCACCAACAAACUCCAUGAACAUCCUCUAUUCAUCGCUCCAUUCAAUUACGACUAUGAGCCUUUUCGUUGCAAUGGUUGUAAGAGAGGUCUUACCAAGAAUCGUCUACAAUGUAGUACUCUAUGCGAGUUUACCAUUUGUUAUGAAUGCGCUACGAUUCCAAAUGAGUUACACUACAAAUAUGAUAAACAUCCUCUCACUCUUUGUUAUGGAGAAGACACGGAAGACAAGUAUUGGUGUGAAGAAUGCGAAAAGGAAGUGAAGCCGGCAGAAUGGUUCUACACGUGCAACAAAUGUUGCAUCACUAUUCAUCUGCAUUGCUUAUUCGGAUGGUAUGUUUAUAUGAAGCCUGGCUCUACUUUUAAAUAUAACUAUCGUGACAUGGCGGAAAUUCUUGGCAACAAGAGUAGCACUCGACCGAUUUGCAGUGGGUGUGAGGAUCGCUGUCGGGGUUCCACUUACUUCAAAGUCGACGUGAGGACUCUUUGUUCUUGGUGUCUUUUAAAAGGUCGAUAGAAUGUUUUUUACUAGUUAUUGUAUCUAUGAUGCAUAGCAUCUUUAUUACUCUCUUUCGUUGAAAACGCUUACCAGCUUGCAUCAUGUUCGAAAGUUGUUUUUUGGUUUUUACUUUUGUGUUUGUUUAAUUCCUCUGUUUUUUUUUUCUUGUCGUAGUCCGAUGAAAACUUUGUUUUUACUUUUUUGAGCAUUGUCUGAUUCCGUUUGCGAUUCUCAUUGUCCGCAUAAAUGUAUUUUUUUUAGAUUAUGAUUAAUGAAAGAGCCAGAAUAGGCUUUUCGUAAAUUCUUUAAAAAAAAUUUUUUUGUGCGAUAGAAUCAACGAAACA